UUGAAAGCAAUUACCCAUUCGUUCUUCUCUGGCUCCCACAGUGCAUAAUAAAAGAGCAGAGCACAGAGAACAGAGCACGUACUCUGCAUUCCUCAUCUGCGUUUGAGAUCGUAAGAUGGCAAGGAAGAAGAUCAGAGAGUAUCACUCCAAGAGGCUUCUCAAGGACCACCUCAAACGUCUCGCCUCAAUCGACCUCGACAUCCUUUCUGCUCAGGUCACACAGUCAACGGACUUCGCUGAAUUUACAGACCACCAUCCGUGGUUGUCGUCAACAAAGUUGGUCGUGAAACCGGACAUGCUCUUCGGGAAGCGCGGAAAGAGUGGCUUAGUGGCUCUCAAUUUGGACAUAGCUGAAGUCGCUGAGUUCGUCAAAGCACGCCUCGGCGUUGAGGUUGAGAUGGGAGGUUGCAAGGCGCCUAUAACUACUUUCAUUGUUGAACCGUUUGUUCCUCAUGACCAAGAGUAUUAUUUGUCCAUUGUUUCUGAAAGGCUUGGCUCCACUAUCAGCUUCUCCGAAUGCGGGGGCAUUGAUAUUGAAGAGAAUUGGGAUAAGGUUAAAACUAUAUUCCCAACGGAAAAACAGUUGACUCCGGAGGCAUGUGCACCGUUGAUUGCUACACUUCCCUUGGAGAUUCGGGGAACAGUAGGUGAUUUCAUACUGGGCGUGUUUGCUGUCUUCCAAGAUCUGGACUUCAGUUUCCUUGAGAUGAAUCCAUUUACACUGGUGAACGAAAAGCCAUAUCCUCUGGAUAUGAGAGGGGAAUGGAUGACCACUGCUGCAUUCAAGAACUUCAACAAGUGGGGAGAUAUAGAGUUUCCAUUGCCUUUUGGAAGAGUUCUCAGCCCUAGAGAAAGCUUCAUCCAUUCAUUGGAUGAUAAGACAAGUGCGUCGUUGAAAUUUACUGUAUUGAACCCAAAAGGACGCAUCUGGACAAUGGUAGCUGGAGGUGGUGCAAGUGUAAUUUAUGCCGAUACUGUUGGAGAUUUAGGCUAUGCAUCAGAGCUUGGUAACUAUGCUGAGUAUAGUGGAGCACCAAAUGAGGAGGAAGUGCUGCAGUAUGCAAGAGUCGUAAUUGAUUGUGCUACUGCAGACCCUGAUGGCCGUAAGAGAGCCCUACUUAUUGGAGGUGGCAUAGCAAAUUUCACUGAUGUUGCUGCCACAUUCAGCGGGAUUAUUCGAGCGCUGAAAGAGAAGGAAUCAAAGCUUAAAGCAGCGCGAGUCCACAUCUUUGUCAGAAGAGGUGGUCCAAACUAUCAGACUGGUUUGGCAAAGAUGCGUGCAUUGGGAGAGGAAUUGAGAGUACCAAUUCAGGUUUAUGGACCGGAGGCCACAAUGACGGGUAUCUGCAAACAAGCUAUAGAUUGCAUCAUAUCCGAAGCUUAACGCCGAAAUUUUUGGCUCAUGCAUCAUCUUUCAUUUCGGUAACUAACUUGGUGGCGUGUUGAUGGAUAUAAGUCCGUAGUGUGGACCAAGCAAGGACGAAUAAGAUCCGUGUGGAGAGGAUACACGUUGCAAGGAAGCUAUUCUUAUCUUUUGUCAUUGUUAAAUCUGGAACUGUUAAAUUCCCCAGAAGUGUACGACCAAAAUGUAACUUUAGUUGAAGGAUUUUUCUUUGAAGUGAUGGGUUCAAUUCAA